GGUGAACAUGGCGGGCGUUCGCGAACUUUCAUACCUACUUGUGACAGCCCUUGGUACGGUCAUCCUAAUAGUUAUCGCAAGAACUGUGAUGUAUUCUCAUCAGCCAACAGCUGCCUACCCAUGCAGACCAAGUGAUUUAGAUUAUAUCAAUGCAGAUGAGGACGUGAAGAGAAGGUUUCAAACUGCGCUAUCAUUUCAAACGGUUUCCUGGAACGUUGGAAAUUACAAUCGGGAAGAGUUGUACAAUUUCCUUCAGUUUAUUCUGAAAGAGUUUUCUGAUGUGUUUAGCCAUCCCCUUGUUGAACCUAGAGUAAUUGGAAACUACAGUUUGUUAAUUUCCAUAAAAGGAAGUAAUACAUCCUUAAAGCCCUAUCUGAUUGCUGGUCACUUUGAUGUAGUACCUGCCACCAAUGAAUCAUGGGAUGUGCCCCCCUUUGAAGGGCGUGUCCAGGAUGGAUACUUCUGGGGAAGAGGAACUUUGGAUCACAAAAAUGGAGUCAUGGGCUCCCUGGAAGCUCUUAACUUUCUUCUUAAACAAGGUCACCAACCACAGCGAAGCUUUUUCUUAGCUUUUGGUCAUGAUGAAGAGGUCCUAGGAAUUGACGGAGCAAAGCAAAUUGCAGUGUACUUGAGAUCUCAAGGAGUGAAGCUGGAAUUUUUAGUCGAUGAGGGAACAGUCAUUGUUAAAGAUGCUCUUCCAGGGCUAAAGAUGCCAUAUGCUUUGAUUGGAGUAGCAGAGAAAGGUUACAUUAUGGCGGAACUGAGUGUGCAAACUUCAGCUGGCCACUCGUCAAUGCCACCCAGACAGACCAGUAUUGGAAUCCUCUCUAAUGCUGUUGUAAAACUAGAAGCCUGUCCCAUGCCUGCUGUAUUCGAUUCAUCUGGCCCAGUCAGGGAAAUGUUUGAAAAUUUUACCCCUCAGGUUCCAGUCUAUCUGAGGCCUAUCAUAGCAAAUCUGUGGCUUUUCAGUCCAAUUGUUGUCAGAAUCCUUGAGAAGAAACCAGCAACAAAUGCUUUCCUUCGGACAACAACCGCUGUAACUCAGUUCAACGCAGGAGUCAAGGCAAACGUGAUACCUUCUUCUGCAAGAGUUACUGUAAACCAUCGGAUUCAUCCGAGUAACACAAUUGAAGAGGUUCUGGAGCAUGACCGUCGCUGUAUUAACGAUGAUCGUGUAAAUAUUCGUGUGGUGCAGUCAGAAAAGCCCUCACCCCUCUCUAGCUGGGAUAAACAUUCAUUUGGAUUCCAGGUUAUUUCUCAGAGCGUGCGGCAAGUAUUCCCAGAAGUGGGCGUAUCGCCAGGACUUAUGAUAGCAAACACAGAUACCAAGUAUUACCUAGAUUUGACAGAUGCUGUCUACAGAUUUAUGCCAUCAGUUUUGACACCCGAGGAUACCAAGCGAAUUCAUGGAUUUAAUGAAAGAAUCGGAGUGAAGAAUUAUGAAAAGACAAUUAAUUACUUUUAUCACGUGAUGAUAAAUGCUGAUGCCGCCAGGUUAGACACAGAUACGCAACAUACUGAACUAUAAUAUAUACUUCUGGAGAUUUUGGGAAGCUUCUGACCUGCUCUGCAGACGUAAUUUUGAUGAGUGAGUGCUCAAAUUUAUGGCCGUCUUCUUUGAUAUUAAUGAAAUCGGAAGGCUAGAGAGAGAAAUAAAUUUGUACCAGGGGGGUGAGUAACAGUAAAAAAUAAUGAGGGGGUGAGGGUGGGGGAGUUUCCUCCUAUCUUGUUCCUUGCCCAACAUCGACUCUAACUUCAAAUUAAACAUGUCCGGUUGAAUAAACCUUCGCGCACUUCCUAACAAGUCGCCUGUUUACAGUCUAGGAAGCUUUUGGAACACAAAGCGAAUCCGUGCUGUUAUAUCUGAAUUUGUUAACCAAGAAAAAAAAUCAAAUUCUCAAAUAAUGAUUUCAUAUCUAUGAAGAAAAUA